UAGGUUUGUUCCGCUUCCCACAAAACUUCUGCUAUUUAUCGUUUAGUAGUGAACUAGUAAUGUUCAAUUAAGAAUGUACAGUUCUUUUCUUUUUUAUGUUUAAUUUUUUGUUUGACGGAGUGAAAGUAAUGAGUGAGAGGUUUAAAAAGCUAAUGAUUCUAAUUCAUGUUACGUUUGAAUGUGUAGUUGAGUAAGUGUUAAACAUUUUGAAAAUGUGUUCCAACGCUGGAAAUAAUACUGACAAUUCUAAUUUAAUUGAGAAAUUUUCUAAACGUUUUAUAAGUUUAUCAGAUGAAGGAAUGGAUUUUGAUUGUGAAUUCAUAGUUGGUAUUAAAAAGGUUGUUGUGAGGGGACAUAAAUUUUUGUUUGCUGCUUCAAGUAAAGUUUUCCAAGCCAUGUUUUACGGUGAUCUGAAGGAGGAUAAAACUGUCAUAGUUGAAGAUCUAAAUUCGGAUGGAUUUGAAAGUAUGAAACAGUUCAUUUACACUGGUGAAAUAAAUUUCACAUCGGUAAUAAAAGCUUUGUUGACUUACGUAGCUGCUCGCAAGUACCUAAUAUCUGUGCUAAGUGAAGUAUGCAGCAAUUACAUUAAAGAAAAUAUACUUCCUGCAGAAGUGUUGGAAUUCUACGAGUGUUGCAAAAUUGUUAGCGUAUCCGAGUUCGAAGAACUAUGCUGUAAAAUUAUUCAAGAAAAAACUGACGAGGUAAUUACAAGUGAAUACUUUACGUUAGCCAAACCCGAAUCUAUAGAAUUAAUUUUGAAAUCCUCGUCGCUGAGUCUAAAGUCAGAAUUUGAGGUCUUCGAUCUCUUUGAACGUUGGGCUUUGGCUGAAGCCAGUCGCAAUGAAAUCGCUGUCGGAUCCAUGGCGACCAGCUUCAACCAUCUCAAAAAACACAUCAGAUUUCUUACAAUCGGCGGUCAGCAGCAGUGUGUGUCAAGAGUUUCCGAGUCUUUGCUGUUAACGCCACAUGAAAAAUUCGCCAUAGGAAUGAAUCAGAUGAAAGUGAACGCAAGACCUGUGCCCGCCAGUCUGUCUUCACAGUCACAACAGCGGCACUUUAUCACUUCAGCGUCACCAACUGAAAGUUAUACAAUGCAAAAUACUUUUAUGAUUAAAAUUAACAGCACUUGUGAAUCAUGUAAUCGAUAUGAUUUAUUCGCCUUUAAAAAUCAUUUUUAUAUUUCAGCUUUCCAAUCCAGUAAUUGCGUUUUCUUUGAAAUAAUGCCUGGCUCUUCCACAAAUUAUUAUACACUCAUUUUUUUCAUGAAAACGAAACUUAGAGUAAUGGCUGUUAACAGUUACGAUGAUCUUUAUAUUGAAAAAGAGUUGGACUUCAAGUGGAAUGGAAACAUAAAGCCUGAAAAUCAGAAGGUUACAAUUGCUGCAAUUCCUAUCAACAAAUUACAAAAAGAAUGCUUUUCACGAGGUACCAAUGCAGUGGUCAUAGAAGGCUCAUUCAAAGUACAGAAAAUUGAAUAAGAUUGCUGGUUAAUAAGAUAUUAGUAUGAAGUUUAUUUAUUUAUUAUUUUUUUUUUUGGAUUUGGUUUCCUUAUACUGUUUAUGAGUAAGGCAUGAUUUGCAUUGUUACGUAAUACAAACUUGAAUGCACGUUGUU